GGGACGGAUUGGAGAGACUAUUCGAGGAGCAUGAAUGCGAUGUCAUAUGCACUCCUGGUGAUAGUGCCCUCUUCCCUCGUAGUUGCAGCCGGCUGGCCCACUGCCGUCGCGCCCCUCGGCGCUCUGAAGCUGAACGGCCAACGUUUCGGUUUCGUCCUCACCUCUCCACCCCAGACCGAACAUCUCCUUCUCCACUUCUUGAUAGCAUACGAAGCCACCUUUCCUUCUCGCGCACAACCACUUCCUUUGCAUACUGUUCCCCUCAUGUCUCCCGAUGAGGAAAUGCUCCCAGAUAAACCCAUGGUCGACAUGAUAUCGCACGAAUGGCACACGCGCCGCUUCAGCUGCUUCGCGGAUGCGCUGGCAGAUUGGUUGAAUGCUCGUUGGCGGAAGUACGAAAAUCCCCCUCUUGUGUCUCGAAAAUGCUCUCCUAGCGCACUUUUAUAG